UUCUUAACACUCCCGAAGGUGCUCUGGAAGGUGUUGUGGAGAUUUGCAAGUUCCUUGUUAAGGGCACUUCUCUUCUGGAUGACUGCUCUUACCUCGAGAAGAGCGAGGUUGCGAUUUAUUCUUCAUGCUUAUUCCCAGAGUUUUGCCGCGGCUUGCCGAGAGUUGUUCAAACUGUCUGCUGGCGGUUUGAAGGAUGUAUCUGACUCCUGCUCUGACGAAAUCAAGCAGGUCUACGCGAAUGUGCAUGCCUGUUAAGAUUUGGCUUAGCCCUCACGCCUAGUCCUGGACGAGAUCUCCGAGCAGCUGAGUGGCGACAAAGCGUUCUUCCACGGUGCGUUCCAUUCCCCCUUGCUCACCCUCAGGCGAUCAUCCCUCUCUGGACGAUUUCCUCAUCGUCUGCGCGAUCUACCCGUCCAUCGCCAAGAAGAGCGCCUACCCGUGCCCUCCCUCGCUCAGCAAGCGCUACCUCUCCUUCAUGAAAUACGUUAAGCGCAUCGCCGCCCUCGCCGUUCUCUCCGGCGACGCCCCCAAAAACGCCCCCACCUUCAUCGGCACGAGCAUUCUGGUCGCCCAGAAGUCCUGCCCCAAAACGGCCCCCAAACCCGCGGGAGCCGCUACGGCCAAAGCGCCUGCGGCCAAAGCGGACAAGAAGCAGUUCGCCUCUGCGGCCACGGCGGUGGCGACGGAGAAGCGGAAGCGGAUCUACGAUUCGCGCGAGAUUCUUCCGGUAGCGGGAGAGCAGAACAUUUUGAUCACGUCGGCAUUGCCCUACGUGAACAAUGUUCCGCACCUGGGCAAUCUGAUUGGCUGCGUGCUCAGCGCGGACGUCUUCGCGCGGUACUGCCGCGAGCGCGGGCUGAACACGCUGUACGUCUGCGGAACCGACGAGUACGGGACGGCGACCGAGACGCGCGCGCAGGCCGACCACAUGACCCCGCGGGAAAUCUGCAAUAAGUUCCACGCGAUCCACCGCGCGGUGUACGACUGGUUCGACAUCCACUUCGACUUCUUCGGCCGCACGUCGACCGAGGACCCGCGGAAAGACACGCAGAUCGCGCAGGGCAUCUUCAAGCGGCUGUGCGAGGAGGACCAGCUGGUGGAGCAGGAGAUCGAGCAGGUGUACUGCCACCAGUGCGGCCGGUUCCUGGCGGACCGUUUCAUCGAGGGCACGUGCCCGAUCUGCGGGUACCCGAAGGCGGGCGGCGACCAGUGCGACAAAUGCGGGAAUCUGCUGAACGCGACGGAGCUGGUGAACCCGGUGUGCAAAGUGGGCGGUCCGACGCACAAGGUGGAGAACCGCGUGACGAAGCAUCUGUUCCUGAAUCUGCCGAAGCUGGAGCCGGAGCUGCGCGCGUGGGUGGCGGCGACGUCGGUGGCGAACGACUGGUCGUCGAACGCGAUCAAUAUCACGAACGGGUGGAUCGAGAACGGGCUGAAGCCGCGGUGCAUCACGCGGGAUCUGAAGUGGGGCACGCCGGUGCCGCGGGAGGGCUACGAAGACAAGGUGUUCUACGUGUGGUUCGACGCGCCGAUCGGGUACAUCAGCAUCACGGCGAACUACACGAAGGAGUGGAAGCAGUGGUGGCAGAACCCGAAGGACGUGAAGCUGGUGCAGUUCAUGGGGAAGGACAACAUUCCGUUCCACACGGUGAUCUUCCCCUCCACGCUGAUCGGCACGCGCGACCCCUGGACCAAGGUGACGCAGAUCAGCUGCACGGAGUAUCUCAACUACGAGGACGGCAAGUUCAGCAAGAGCCAGGGAACCGGCGUCUUCGGCGACCAGGCGAAGGACACGAAUGUGCCCUCGGAGGUCUGGCGGUUCUAUCUGCUGUCGAACCGUCCGGAGCAGAGCGACUCGGCGUUCUACUGGGAGGAUUUGGCGGAGAAGAACAACAACGAGCUGCUCAAGAACCUCGGGAACUUCGUCCAUCGCUGCCUGUCCUUCGUGUACAACCGCAUGGACGCGACGGUCCCGCCGUGCGGCGCGAAGACGGAGCGCGAGCAGAAGCUGAUCGAGGCGGUGAACGAGACCUUGCAGAAAUACAACGAGGCCAUGAUGGGCACGCAUUUGAAGGCCGGAUUGAAGUGGGCCAUGGAGAUCUCGCGGCUAGGAAACCAGUAUCUGCAGGACGCCGAGCCGUGGACGGUGCUGAAGAGCGAUCCCGAGCAAUGCGGAACCAUCUGCUAUGUGGCGGUCAAUCUCGUGUAUCUGAUCAGCAAUGUGUUCGAGCCGUUCAUGCCUGGAUUCUCUGACAAGGUUUGCUACCAGCUGAACUUCGACCACGGAAAGAUUCCGGAUGUGUUUGAGGAGGUGAUUCCGGCGGGACACAAGAUCAACAAGAUCCUGCCCAUCUUUAAGAAGAUCGAGCCGGAGGAGAUUAAGGCGUACCGCGAGAAGUUUGGAGGAAAGAGCAACUAGAGCGAGUGAGCGAGUGAACUAGCUAGCUAGCGGGUAAAUAGGAUAUAUG